AAUCUAGAGAGAGAGAGAGUGAAGAUCUAGAGAGAGAAGGUGAGGAAUUUCCAGAGUCAAAAGCUUGCUUCUUUGAUUUGGGUUAUUUGAGUUAUUAAUUGGGUAAGCGAGAAAAUUUGAAAAAAAAAUGAUUUUGGUGGCGGUGGUGACGGAGCUGAUGAAGGAGUACACGGUGUUGCUGGCGAGGGUUUUGGAGCAUUUGUUUCACUCGGCCCCUUUUCCGAGGAGGGUUCGGUUUCUGAUCCUGAGGAGUCUUCCGUUCGCUUCUACCUACCCGCAACAUCCUCCUCCUCCUUUGAUUGGAGCCCCUGCUGCUUAACCAUUCAAGAACAAGGCUUCUUUUUUUUCUUUUUUUUUUUUUUUUUUUUUUUUUUUUUGUUUUGUAUCUAAGGCUUCCUUUGUUAGUUGUUUUUGUUUUAUAAUUUUCUUUUUGGAAUUGUGAUGCGGGUUUCUGGUUUUGUGUAAAUAUUUGGAGUUAUUUUUACUAAGUUGGCGUAAAUUUGAUCGCCUUUUGGUGGAUGAAAUGGCAACUGUACUUUGUUCUGUA